AUGACGGAACCAUCAGUAUCAACCCCACUGGUUACAAAACCUUCGGAACAACCAAAAGUCAAAGAUCCGUGUCGAGUCACGGCGGGAAAAAGAUUGGCGGCUAUCAGUCAACAGGCCAAAGCCAACAAGAAAGCGAAACGGGAAGAAGCGGAACGGGAAGUAAGUAUUGAAAGUGAUGAUGAAACUUCAACAUUUUCCCUGAAAAAAUUAGGUUUGAUUUCUACCAUCAUUGUAGGAUUCGGAACCUUAUAUUUUAUGUGGCGAAGUCAGAAAAAGGAAGAAGAAGAAGAACCUAUAGAGGAAAAAGAAGAAGUCCCGACGAAACAAAAUCCCGCGAAAGUACACUUCGACGGCCCGUUUGAUUAG